AUGCUACCUCGCUCGCGGUUGGCCCAUUCCCUACGCUCCUUCAGCACCUCGACGAGGGUACAAGCCCACGUCUCUCACAUUGGAAGAGAACCAAUAAAAUUUCCCGAAACCGUCUCUCUCUCUCCUUCCACUUCAUGCAUAACCGUUAAAGGCCCACUGGGGACCACGUCUGUCCCCUUACGGCCUUAUAUGAAAAUCGACUUCCCGCAGAAUGACACCAUGACAAUAGUGGUGGAAGACCCGGAGGUUAAGGAGCAGAGGGCUAUGUGGGGGACGACGCGUACUCUCAUAUACAACGCGAUCGUUGGGAUGACGGAGGGAUUCACCGUCCCGCUGUAUCUCGUUGGUGUGGGUUAUAGGGUGAUAUUAGAGGACGAUCCCAGAGGGAAGGCAGAUGGAGGGAAUGGCCAGCGACUGAACAUGAAGCUCGGAUACUCGCAUCUCGUCUAUGUGCCUGUACCCGCGCACAUCAAAGCAGAAGUCCCGACGCCUACGAAAAUUGUACUCUCGUGUACGGACAAGCAUCAACUCGGCCUCUUCUCCGCCAAGGUUCGCGGUUACAGGAAGCCUGAGCCGUACAAAGGAAAGGGUAUUUUUGUCGGCAAUGAGCAGAUUCGUAUCAAGAGUGUCAAGAAGAAGUAG